GUUUGUACCUGGUCGUACCGGGGUGUCUAGUGUUCAAGACUCUUGCAAAUUGAAUUUGAAAUGUACCUGGUAUCCUUGAUCCCUUGGUCUGCCUGGGAUUUUCGAAGCGAUCACUUCGGCCUCCCCGCAAAACGGAUAUGUAGCGGAUUGCAGCCUAGCUCAGGCUGCACUAUGAUGGUGUCUGCUGUCGCGUCCCGUUGCUUCUCUUAUUGCUCAAGAGGAGUUGAGAUCCGGAACAUGAAGUUGCUGUGGCCACUUCUGUCACCUACAGGUCCGCGCAAUGUGGAGCUGAUAAUUUCACCACAGAGCAACCACACUGCUUCCCAGGCUUCCCAGCGACAAGGGUGCGAUGACCAUAGAUCUACAUAUUCGCCCAUCGAGCACCGCAAGAGCGAGACCGGCUUGGCAACUUGCCAGAGACGUGGCUCAUUAUGUGCUCCCUAGAGACAGAUCAGCCGUUCUCAGUGGCUGGAGCAAUGG